UAAUCUUUCACAUUCACAUCUGUAUCCGCUCAAGAAAAAAAUGAUAUAAAUUUAUUACUGAUGAUUGUAGUAUAAUAUAAUAACAAAUUUGUUAAAAUGGCUAAUCGCACUGUAAAAGAUGCAAAGUCGAUUCGGGGGACGAAUCCUCAGUAUUUAGUCGAAAAAAUUAUCAGAUCCAGAAUAUAUGAUUCAAAAUAUUGGAAAGAAGAAUGUUUUGCUUUAACUGCAGAACUAUUAGUUGACAAAGCUAUGGAUUUAAGAUACAUAGGUGGAAUAUAUGGAGGAAAUACAAAACCAUCUCCCUUUCUUUGUCUUAUUCUAAAAAUGCUUCAAAUACAACCGGAAAAGGAUAUUAUUGUCGAAUUCAUAAAGAAUGAGGAAUUCAAAUACGUUCGAGCAUUGGGAGCACUUUAUAUGCGUCUAACAGGGACAUCUCUCGAUUGCUACAAAUACCUGGAACCUUUAUUUAACGACAACAGAAAAAUGAGACGUCAAACUAAACAGGGCAAAUUUGAAUUGGUUCAUAUGGACGAGUUCAUCGAUGAACUUCUCAGAGAAGAACGAAGCUGUGAUGUCAUUUUACCGAGAAUACAGAAACGCCAUGUUUUGGAAGAAAAUAAUGAAUUAGAAGGCAAAGUAUCAGCACUAGAGGAUGACAUGGACGAAGCUAUUGAGUCUUCUGAAGAGGAAGAAGAAGAUGUGCCUUCCUCAAAAAGCGAAAAUCGCAAAAGGACGGAAGACUAUGACCGAGAACGGGAUCGCAAUAGGGACAGGGAAAAGAGGUAUUCCAGAUCUGAGAAGAAAUUGGAUCGAGAGAAAAGAUCCCGUAGUAAAGAGAGGGAUCGAGAUAGGCGGGAAAGGAAGAGAAGCAGGUCGCCAAAACCACAGCCUCCGACGAGUAAAGAAAAGGAGAGAGAUAAGGAUCGGGGACAUCGAAAGGAAAGAGAGAGGGAUAGAGAUCGGGGUGGAAGAAGAAGGGAGCGCGACAGACCGAGGCAUUAGUUUAUAAAAAAUAUAAAUUUAAUUUCUUAAAAUUAAUUUUUCUUAUAUUUAAGAAUUCAUUUAGUUGAUUGUAAUGUACGAAUGUAAGAUGAGCGAAAUCUAUACACGAUUUGCAAGAUGCACUUUUUAAAAAUAAUGCGUUAAAUCACAA